AUGGAUCUUGCGGCUUUAAAUGAGACCGUCAACGACGCUGCCGGAAAAGCCCAGAAGAACGAAGGUCUUUCUGCUCAGUCAUUCUUAAUCUCUUUGGCUGUUUCUGGAAGCAUCUUCAUACCUGUCGUGUAUAUCUUCACCUUUCUAAAAGAUAUAAAUCAUAAGCUUUUCCAACCACAAUGCUUGGCGGAUCCCGAUCUCUUGCCCUUGCCCAAGGGCAGAACUGUUUGGGUUAAACAAUUAUGGGAAUUCAUGAAGGAUGAUACGGAACUCACCGCUAGACUUUCAUUGGACUGUCGCUUCUUCCUGCGGCUGCUACGAGUCGCCGUGAAGCUCUUCAUGCCAAUAGCUGUUAUUAUCCUUCCCAUACUGCUUCCGGUGAAUUACACUGCUGAUAGCAUAAAGGUCGGGGGUCUUGAUAGAUUCAGCAUAUCAAACAUCCAAAAAGAACAACACAUAAGAUGGUGGAUCACAGCCUUUGCUGCAACCUUGGCAAAUAUUCAUAUAUGGCGUCUUUUGCUUGUGGAAUUUAGAUUGGUUGUGAAGACAAGACAGAACUACUUUCACGAGUGGUUCUUAGCUCAAAAAGUGGCUACAAUAGUGGUUACCAACAUCCCACCGGGAAUGUGGAAUGACGAGUCUUUGAGACAGAUCUAUUCGGCUUUUAAUGGAGGACCGGUGGAUGUAAUCCUACCACAACAAGAUGUCUGCGAUAACAAGGAACUCAAACUGAGUACCCUUCUCAGAGACCGUGACACAAUGAUGCGAAUACGUCCCCAGAUAUCUAGGACAAGCAUUGUUCCCUCAAGCAUUAGACUCAUGGCUUAUUUCCGGAACAAAGGGCUUCUUGAAUGCAGAAUUCGCAAUCUGCAAAGAGACAUUGAAAGAACUAAGAGUAUUGCGUUAUUCCACUUCUCAGACCUGUUCACGGCCCAUCUGCUGCUACAAGCAAGGACAUCUUCGAUACCACUAGAACUAGAAGCACAUAAAACUGACGUUGAAACCCUGGAUCCUGCCUUCUACUAUAGUAAGUUUUCGAAGACUCUGCGAAGUGUUAGUAUCCUCGUGACCCUAAAUGUUUUGGCCGUACUUUGGGCUAUUCCAAUAUCCUUGACAGGCCUUUUGUCACAGCUUGUUUACCUGGAUUCGAUUAACUCGCAUUUACAUAACCUAUCAGACGAUCAACUAGGUGCCAUUCAGGGGCUGGCUCCUCAAAUGGCAGCAUCCAUUCUUAUGUACUGUUUCCCGGUCGUUCUUCAGUUUCUGAUGAAAUACUACAUUGCAUUUGAGCGCCCAACUCUCGAGGUCUUGCUACAAAGACAUUACUUUCUUUUUCUUUACACUCAGCUUUUUAUUGUAGUUUCAAUAUCUUCUGGCGUCACAACUAUGAUCCCGGAGAUUGCCAAUGAUGUUCAAUCGGUACCGGCAUUAUUGGCCAAGAAUUUGCCCAAGUCGGGCAAUUACUUUUAUUCCUACUUCUUAUUGCAAACUGUUACACAAACCGUUUUAGUAUUAUUGCGACUACCUGAUAGCCUUUGGAUGUGUUUAAGACGAGGUGGGGAAGAGCAUACCUUAAAAGAGGUACGAUGGAGCCUACUUUAUCCCGUUUUCACAAAUCUUAUCUGUAUAGGUAUUAUCUUUUCUAUAAUAUCACCCCUUAUAGCACUUAUCGGGACUAUAGUGUUCGGAAUUUUGCUGAUAACACAUACCUAUCAAUCGAUAUAUAUACUCGGAACAAAGGAGGACACCGCAGGCUUAUUAUACUGGGAAGCACUGAAUCAACUUUUUGUCGGUGUAUACACCAUGGACCUCUUCCUCAUAGGUCUUUUUAUUUUACAGAAUGUUUUAGGACCUAUGAUUGUUGCCAUUAUCCUACUUGCCGGGUCUGCCCUAGUACAGAAUUAUGUUCGGACAAAACUGCAUCCCCUUAUCAAGUUUGUGUCUGCGAGCAGAAAUGAAUUCGGUAGCUCUCGUCUACCAGUUGCUGACCUUCUACGCACAGUGCGAAAAAGGACUAUGUUUGAUCUCCUUAUUUGCUUUUGGAUUGAUGAGGAGUCAAUUAUACAGUUCUCUCCUGACCUACAUAGCACUUACUCCACAAGUCCUGGUACGUAA